AUGAACCCUAUCCGUUUACAAAACACACUCCGAACGCUUCCCGCGCUACGCUGUCUGCGCCGCAAUCCCGACCAUAGCGUUCCCGUCGCUCUGCUCACGCUCUAUCUCGGCGUCUGGCUGAUUGCCCCGAGCCACAAACCACAGAUCAAACUAGCCCCGCUCCCGCCGCCCAUGAUUGCCGUUAUGCCUGCGCCGCCUGUCGUCGGGCUGGAACCAGAAGAACAACCUGACAACUACCAACUUGUCAGAACGUUGCGCUUGCGCGAAGGCAAGGACGUAUGGCAAUUGGAAAAAUGGCAGGCUUUGCCCUAUUCCAACAGAAUAGACUGCCUCAAGAUUUACUGCAACGGGCAUCUUAUCCGCGAAGCCGACGCAAGCGAUGUUGCGGGGAAUGGAUUCCUCUUUGGGAAAAUGCCGUUCGCCUCCCGCUACCCCAUCUUCGCUAUCAUUGGGGGCGGCGAUAUGGGGAACGGGGCCAUGAAGCGGUUCUAUACGUUGCGGCAGGGCAAAAUAAUUCUCAUGCUCGAAAUGCCCUAUUGCGCUGGCGGGCCAAUCCUGCGCGAUUGUGACGGCGAUGGCAGACCGGAAUGGGCCUUCGAUGAUUACGACUGGUACGAGUACAUGAACAAUGGCCCGGAGCGCAGAGCCGGCAUGAACCCAACCCGCUCCCAAAUUACGCAACAACCGCUUUCCACUCUGCGCUGGCUGCGCCACAACCCGCAGCACAGUCUUCCUGUUGCUAUGUUUGCGCUCUAUCUCGGCGUCUGGCUAAUCGUCCCGCGCCAUAAAGCGCAAUCCGUUCCCGUACCGCUCCCACCGCCCAUGAUUGCCACUACGUCUGUGGCAUCCAAUCAGCAGGCAAAAAAACAGAGGUUUGUCCCAACUGAAUCAGACAUAGAAUGGCAGUCAUCCGUUGCCGUUGCAACCCAAUUAGGGGUGCGUGAUAAGUAUGGAGAAUUAGGAGAAUACGACGCGAGAUUUUUCGUAAUCGCUCCAAAUGGAGAGAAGACGGAACGUAAAAUUCAUGUCAAAAACGACCACUUUGGAUAUGUCACCUUUCCCGAUGACUUCCCAACCUACUUUGACGAGGAAGGGAUUUACAAAUGGUAUUGCAAGGUCAACGGUAAGCGGGUCGUAAGUGGAAAGUUUGAGUACGGUCGUCUAAAAAACGGGGCACUAUUCGUUACUGUUCUGGAUUCCGAAUAG